AUAGAUAAGUAAAACAAAUAAUCGUCUUUUGAUGGCGUUUAAUCUAUUGAUUAAAUUAAUAGUUCUACUUUUCAGCCCUUCCAGCCAGUAUUUGAAGUAUUUAUAGUGAUGACUUGCAUUUUAAAUGAUAUACUAGGCCUACACAGUAUGUCUCAUGUGAUAUGAUGACCUGUCCUUUGGGGAAUGAAUCAUCAAUACAUUAUUUCUUGUGUGGGGAUGGUGUCUUUUCAUUUCAGGGAGAGAUGUAUGCCUUCCCAAGGGAUGGCAAAUCAUUUUGCCUGAUGUGAACCAUAAGUGGGUGUCCAAGGCAUUGUUCAGGUGGUCUGGGAAUGGGAUUCCAGAGAUGGACUUUGCCAGGGUUGACAAAACAUGGUGGGACCACCCCCCACCACCAUCUGCAGCUCAGUAGAGAUGGAGAGGUACUUUUCCCAUCCUCUGCUGCUCUGGAUACCCAGGAAGCUCUGGCAGGCAAAGCUGUAUUGCCCACAUUCUAUGCAGUAAGAAGGUCAUCAUUUGGAACAUAUGGUUUCUUACACGGUUCCACGCAAAUACAUUGGAGAACUAAUUUGGAGUACCUCUUCGAUCAGACUGGUUUGGUGCUGCAGGAUUAUAAGGCUGCCAUUGAGGAACUGGAGAAAGGUGAUCCUGAUGUCCAAGGGGAGGAUGAGAGGGUUUGUCGAGCUUGUGGAAUUUCAGGGCCUGACAGUUCCAGUGCUGGAGACAGCCCUGCCUCUUGUUGGCACCUUUCAUCCUACUCCCACCCCCUCUACCAGCAUCCAGUCCACAGCUGCAUCAGUCAGUCCCCUGUCCUCCACUCCUCUAUGGGCUACUCCACCCCCUGGGCCUCUGUCCUCCACACCUGUGCUCGUCAGUCCCCUGUCCUCCACUCCUGUAUGGGCUACUCCACCCCCUGGGCCUCUAUCCUCCACACCUGUGCUCGUCAGUCCCCUGUCCUCCACUCCUGUAUGGGCUACUCCACCCCCUGGGCCUCUGUCCUCCACACCUGUGCUCGUCAGUCCCCUGUCCUACGUUCCUGUUCGGGCUAACGUUACUCCUUAGUCCAUGGACCAUAAAUGUUAUUUUUAAAGUGUGAAUUGGCUUUGGCUGUCAGCUUUAAUUUGAAGGUAUUUUCAUCCAUAUUACAGGACUUUUUUAUUACAACACUUUUUCUACAUAGUCUCUCCAUUUAAGAGGAACCAAAAGUAUUGGGAUAAAUUCACUUGUGUAUUUAAGUAGUCAAAAGUUUAGUAUUUGGUCCCAUAUUCCUAGCACACAAUGAUUACUUCAAGCUUGUGACUCUACAAAUAUUUGCUCUUUUGUUUUGGUUGUUUUUCAGAUUAUUUUGUGCCUAAUAGAAAUUACUGAUAAAUAAUGUAUUGUGUUAUUUUGGAGUCACUUAUUGUAAAUAAGAAUAGAAUGUUUCUAAACACUUCUACAUUAAUGUGGAUGCUACCAGGAUUACGGAUAGUCCUGAUGAAUUGUGAAUAAUGAUGAGAAAGACACACAAAUAUCAUACCCCCAAGACAUGAUGUAUGAUAAGGGCUAUGUUGAGAGGUAGCUUGCAAGUAAGCAUUUCAUUGUACUGUACUGUUCAUUGUUCUGCAUAUAUGAAUAAAAGUUGAUUUGACAGUAA